AUGAAAAAUGAGAGAAAAGUUCCAUCCAUAUCGGAUUUUUAUUCAAAGUAUGAUCUUGAAAAGGAUUCAAAGCAGUUUUUCAUAGGAAGCGAUUAUUUUGCAGUUAUCGGAAUCAGUGCAAUUACUCAGUACUUCGCUGUUGGUUCUCUGCGCCGUUUUCCAGGUUCAAGAGCAAUGGGAGAUACUGGAGUGCAAGGGUAUCUAGGACCAGAAGCUAUACAUGGGCCUCGAGGACAGCAAGGACUGUCAGGUGAGCAAGGAGUGGAGGGAGAUACAGGACCACAAGGAGCAGAAGCAGGAUGA